AAGUUACAACAAAACGAAGCACAUUCUAGAAGCAACAGGAUUUGUAUGUAUAUCAUCAAAAACAAAAUCAAAAUACGAAACGAGUUACACCUGUGCUGUGACUUAGAGUGGUGUUUCUGUUUCUGUUUCUAUUGACAGUUAGAAAUCUAGGGUUUUAGAGCUGCUUCUCUCAACAAAUAUGAGUCGUCAUCCAGAAGUCAAGUGGGCUCAAAGGGCUGACAAAGUCUAUGUCACCAUUCAAUUGCCAGAUUCCAAAAAUGCAAAAGUCGACCUUACUCCAGACGGCAUUUUAACUUUUUCUGCCAGUGCUGGUGCUGAAAACCACUUGUAUGAGCUCCAGUUGCCGCUCUUUGACAAGGUUAAUGUAGAGGAGAGCAAAAUUAAUGUAGGGGUGAGAGGUAUAUUCUGUGUAGUGCAGAAGGCGGAGAUCGAAUGGUGGAAAAGGUUACUGAAAGCAGAAGGAAAGCCUCCACAUUAUGUGAAAGUAGAUUGGGAUAAAUGGAUGGAUGAAGAUGAAGAUGAGGCUGCCGGUGACCUGGAUUUGGGAGGGAUGGACUUCUCGCAAUUUGGUGGGAUGGGCGGUGAUGAUGCAGUGGGUGAUGACUUUGAUGCCAGUGACGAUGAAGGGCAAGAAGUGUCGAAGCCUGGAACACAAGAGGGUAAUGAUGAGGAGGGAGGUUAUGCGGUUGGAGAACAAGCUGGCAAGAGCACCGUUGAGGAAGCUGCUCCAAGCACAUAAUUUCAUUGCAGUUCAAGAUCUUAUAUACUAGGAAAAUGCUUUUAGAUGUGCCGUGAAAUUUCAGUCCGAGUGUACUGUCAAUUGGUAGCCUGCUUAAGUAGAGAUAUCAAUGUACUUAUGUCUAAACAUUAGCUUCGAAUUAUGUGCCAGCAAAAGCUCCUUCAAGUUGAAGUAGGAUAUUGUACAAUUGAGAUUUUUAUUCAUUGAAGGAAAGACGGCUUCUGGAUUUCUAUAUUUUUUGGACCUUGUAUUUGCUACCCAAGAAAACCACCGCAGGUUGCUUCUGAUAUUCCUUUA